GCUGGGGUGUGGGUCAGGGCUCCCACCCAGCAGGGGUGUUUAAAGGCCCAGAAGGUGCCGAGCCUGCCCACUCCCCUGCACCAUGGGCAUCUGGGCCUUGUCUGCAGCCCUUUUCCUGCUCUGUCUGACUCCCGAGAGCCUGCAAGGCGGGCUGCCCCCGCUCCCUGCUGGCCUGCGGAUAGGCUUGGGGAGUCCAAAUGGCUACAGAUCAGGCUACGGCCCUCCCAGGGGGCUGGAAGCAGGCUUUGGAGGGAGUGCUAAACCUCAGAAGCCAGGCAUUGGAGCAGGUGUGAACCCUCAGAAGCCAGGAUAUGGAACCAGGCCAGGAGCUGCAGCCUUCCUAGGGGUGGGAGCACAGCCAGGCCCUGUGCCUCAGAAUGGCCAUGGACCAGCUGGUCUCUCCUUCUCAGGUGCUAUAGAGGAUAUGAAACCUCAAAAACUAAGGCUCAGCAGUGGGAAUGGGAUGGGAGCUGGUCCCUUUCUGGGAGCUGGAGUCCAGCCAGGAUUUGCCAAUGGAAACAGCCUGGCACCCCAGCCAGGUCCUGCAACACUGAAUGGCUUUGGAGAAGGCCCUGCAGCUCCAAAUGGCUAUGGACCAGGUAGAGGCUAUGGAGGGGGUGUGAAUCCUCAGCAGCCAGGCUUUGGAGGGGACAUGAAACCUCAGAAAGCAGGGCUCCUGCAUGGGAAUGGGCUGGGAGCCCAGCCAGGUUUUGCAGGGGGCAGGAAGCCCCAGAAGCCAGGCCCUGCAGCUCUAAAUGGCUACGGACCAGGCUACAGAGGGGGUGUGAAGCCCCAGCAGCCAGGCCUUGUGUUUCCCCUCAGCCGUGGACCAGCCAUCGAGGGGGGCAGGAAGCUCCAGAAGCCAGGAUACAGCAAUGGAAAUGGGCUGGUAGCCCAGUCAGCGCUGACUCCAGCCACCCAGUGGGGACAGGAACCUCAGAAAGCAGGGUUCCCGGAGGCCAAUGGCUUUAGGAACGGCUACCAGCCUCCCAAUGGCUACGGACCUGGAGCAGAACUGAGCUUCGUCGGUGGCCCCCUGCUGCAGAAAGUCGGGUUUGCUUACAGGAAUGGAGCCCUGGGAGCUGGCGUCUUCCCCGAGGCUGAAGCACAGCCAGGGUUCCCUGAGGCCAAUGGCUUUAGGAAUGGGCAAAGAGAGAAGGCUCCUAUGUACCCAAAGGCUGCAGGCCCAGCUCUGGAAGGGGUCCGUAAGAAGCAAGCAGCAGGUCAGCCAGGGGCCCAGCUGGGCUCUCCCUGGCCCUACCUACGGCCCUGGGCCACUUGGGUGAGGCCUGGAUACGGACACGCGGGGCUCAGGAGCCAGCCAGGACCCUAUGGACAGCUGAAGCCCGCACUGGGCCCGGGGCCCUUUGGGAGCCCUGAAGUGAAGAGCGGCAACAAUGGCCAGUUGGAGGCCAGUUACUGAGGCCGCUGCCCUCUUGGGAAAUGCUGAGCACCUGAGCUGGCCCCUGCUCAUCGGAGAGCCCCCAAACAGCAUCCCCUCCAUGGGGCAAGGAAGGCAGGACCUUGGGGAUUGGCCUCUGAUGCUGCUGGCCGGGGGUCUCCCCUGGGCUGACGCAUUAAUAAAUGCAAUGUGCUUC